CAACAGCUCACAUCGAGGAAUGAACACGAGUCUGCAGACUCAACUGCAGGAGGCGUGACUGUUUUACAGGGGUUUGUUGGAAUUAAUAGUUUUUCGGGAGACAGUUUACUUCACUCCUACAACCGAUAAAAGACACGUUUCUGAGAAAGAAGCUCUCAUCUUUCAGCGCUGAUGUAAAGCAGUUGGAGGUCAAGGGUCCAACCUGCCGUUCUCCCACCUACAUUUCAACCGAGAGCCAUAAACAGGUACAUAAUGGGGGAGGUCUCAGCCCGAGGCUCAGCCAUGGAGGGGGACUGCCUCAGCUGUAUGAAGUACCUCAUGUUCAUCUUCAACUUCUUCAUCUUUCUGGGGGGCUCCUUCCUGCUGGGUGUGGGUGUCUGGGUGCUGGUGGACCCGAUGGGCUUCAGGGAGAUCGUGGCGGCCAACCCGGUGCUGUUCACCGGGGUCUACGUCAUCCUGGCCAUGGGCAGUAUGCUGUUCCUGCUGGGCUUCCUGGGCUGCUGCGGAGCCAUCAGGGAGAACAAGUGUCUGCUGAUGUUUUUCUUCAUGCUCAUCCUCUUCAUCUUCCUGGCCGAGCUGGCGGCUGCCAUCCUGGCGUUCCUCUUCAGGGAGCAUUUGACGAGAGAGUAUUUCAGCAGGGAGCUGAAACGUCACUACCAAGGUCACAACAACACUGAUGUCCUCACAUCCACCUGGAACGCCAUCAUGACCACGUUCGACUGCUGUGGUGUGAGUGGCCCAGAGGACUUCGACGAGAGCCUCUUCAGGCUCCUCAGCCCCACUAAAAUGGUCCCAGAGGCCUGUUGCCAGGGGAACAGUUACCCCGGAGACGUCAGUAUGGAGCAGUGUGUGAGCGGCAGCAUGGUGUUCAGACACAACAAGGGCUGUUACUCUGCCGUGGUGGACUACUUUGAGAUGUAUAUUUACACCGCAGGAGCUCUGGCCAUCGUGGUGCUGACUAUUGAACUCUUCGCCAUGGUGUUUGCGAUGUGUUUGUUCCGAGGCAUCCAGUAAGCGCUGCAUCAUCACCAGCCAGUGGAAUGGCACAAGCAGAAGGAAAACUAAAACUGUAAAAUAUUACAUGCAUUUGUACAGUGAUGGUUUAUGUGUCUCAUUGGUUUUGUACUUCACAGUAGCAGCAGCAGGGUGGUAAGGUCCUUCUUUGGGCACAAAAGAAGUAACAACACCUAAGCACUGUCUUUUUCUGAAGUAAAGGUUUACCACUGGUGCUAAGUGGGCUAACAGAACUAUAGAUGGUCACUUCAGUCCAAUCUGUGUGCCCAACUUUAACCUCCAGUCGGCCGUGAUGAUGGAUAAUGCGGAUCAGGGAGAGUCUGCACAGCACAGUUCAGGUACACUCAGCACAUCUUAACUUCCCUUAGAACACUCAAAGCUGUCAGCACAAGAACAAAAAUGUGAAUCAACAAUUAAAAUCAGAACACGUCAGGCCUCAUGCAAGAUUAUGAUUGUAUUCUCAUUAUGAACCUCUUUUUAUGUUUGCUUUGAGGUUUGCUUAAGUGCACACAUGUGCUGUUCAAACUUGAUGAAUGCAACCUCUUGUGGCCUCUCGGGCCACCUGUUAACUCACAAACACAUCAUAGGCUGAAACACAGUGGAGAUCUAAGUCUGUUUUUUUAAAGAAAUCAGCAGGUCAAAAAAGUAACAUUAGUAUCUCUCAGUAUUUGAAUAUAUUAAUACAGCUAAAGACAAUUUCACAUUAGAGUAGAACCAUACUUACAGGGGAAACGCUCUGAAUUGAAAAUGCUAAAAAACAUUUGGUUAAAGAUUGUUUUGUUACAGGCUGCCAUUUAGCUGAGUGGCCAGUAGGUAGAGUCCUUUGUCCAGUACACAGGUUAGAAUCUGCCUCGACGAACUUUCAGGCAAUGUCCUCCCCUCUGAUUCACACCUUUACCACGAUAUCUCUUAAAAAAGGCACUCUGGCCCAAAAAAGAAAAGAAAGAUACAAGUCUCUGCUUUGCACAGGUAUUAAGUUCUGUAUUAUAGUAUGCUUUUAUCACAGUAGAGUGUUGUGGAGUCUGGUAAGCCUUCAGUCUUUUCAAUGUGGAACUCAAAUGUCUCACUGAUACCUGAAGAAACACACUCCCACCAAUGCAGCCCUUUGAUUUGUUUGUUUUAAAAAAAUAAAAAAUCUCCGUCAAUUGGCACAAUGCAAAGUUUUGUUUUACUAAUUCAUUUUCUAUUAUAGUAACAUUCAAGCUGUACAUAUCAUAUUGAGAAAAUACGAUUAUUUUAUUCAUUUAGUUUUAUGAUGUCUUGAAAACAUGAACAACAUAAUGCAAAGAAAGAGAGAAAUAACUAACAAAGCAAGCUGAACAAAACAAAUCAAACUGGUCAAAUUAGCCAUAUCUACAAAAUAAGUAAGGUAAAUCAGACGGGUUACGGUAUAUAAAUAAAAUACCAUAUGAAUACAACAUAAAUGUAUUAUUGGCAUUUAGAUUUUUAAGUCAAACAGGUGUUUCUCCCCUGUAGAAAACUGAGUAUUUUUAUUCAUACUCAGUCAUUUUGUAUAUGUUAAAAUUCUGUCUUCGCACACGAGGUUCUUGCACGAGGCCUGAAGUCAACAACUUUCAUAAAUCAUUGAUCAGUUUCCGUUCCCCGUCAAUAAUUGUCCAAAUGUUUGUUUACAAGAGUUUGUACAUAAGUAUUAAGAUGAGUCGUAUUUAAGAUGGUGGAGCACCUGUAAAUAAACUUCACAACGAGACUGAAUGUGUGUGAGUGCAUGUAUGUGUGUGUGUAUUUGUACAUAUACCUCAGUGGGCCUGUGGCAGUGUACAGUGUGUUCUCCUUUUUGUGCACAGUGUGAUAAUGUUAUUGUGGUCAGUAGUUCUAUACAAUGGAAGUUUAGCUAGGACAGUAUUUUACUGUGAGUGUGUUUGAAAACAAAAAGUCUAUUUGUGUAAAUGGCACUGAAUGAUAUUAAACAGAUUUCUGUGCAGA